AGAAGGCCCCGGAACGAAGCCGGCCCGCGCGGACCCGCGCUCCCCUCCUCCCCAGCGGCCGCACUCACCCGCUCCGGAUUCGGCCCCGUCGCCCCCGCCCGCAGUCCAGAGCUGGCUGAAAACCGCAGCGGCGCGGGCUCCACGUGCAGCGUCUCUCCCGGUAAGACCCGCAGCUCCAGCGACUCGAAGUGAGAGGCCCCUGGGCCCUUCCCGCGAAAACGGCGCAGAGAAACUCCAACCCCCCCCUCCCGCCUCCCAGGCACCCCCGGGUCCGGGACUACAACUCCCAGCAGGUUGCGCGAAACGAACGCCCGAGGCAACGGCGGCUCACGAGGCACAAGGGAGCCCAACGCCUCAAUCCGCUUUGUUUUACACUCUGUCACUUUGCCUGCACAGUCGUACACCUCAACCACCCCAAGGAAGAGGACGCUGACUCGGGGCGGUGGGGAUUGAACUAGGGGAAAGGCCAGUCCAAGUGCGCAUGCGUACAUAACAAGGUUUCCGAGAGGGAAGAAGAGAGCAGGUCAAAUUGGGAGAAGGAAAGAUGGCGGAGGCGUCGCCAGGAGACCCGGAAGCACUUACCCUCCACUUCCUCCUCCUGUUUGGCUUCUGUCUCACCUAGAGCCGUCCGGUCGCCGACUGUCUCCGAGACGCUUCCUGUCCGUAACAGAAUCACCAUGAUUCUUCAGAGGCUCUUCAGGUUGACCUCUGUCAUUCAGUCUGCAGUCUCGGUCUCUUUGAGGAGGAACAUCGGUUUUACAGCAGUGGCAUUUAAUAAGGAACUUGAUCCUGUACAGAAACUCUUCGUGGACAAGAUUAGAGAAUAUAGAACUAAGCGACAGACAUCUGGAGGACCUGUUGAUGCUGGCCCAGAGUAUCAGCAAGAUCUAGACAGGGAACUUUUUAAGCUUAAGCAAAUGUAUGGUAAAGCAGACAUGAAUACGUUCCCUGACUUCACAUUUGAAGAUCCCAAGUUCGAAGUCAUCGACAAACCACAGUCCUGAAGAAAUAAUGUAAAAUUUAUCUGGUAAUUUGUCCUAGAUUAGUUGUACAACUGAUCAGAAGUAACAGAAUAAACAUACAUUUCACAGCUGU